GUCAGGGGAGUAUAUGGUUACAGUGCCGGCGCUUAAUGUCAGUGUGUGAGUGGUGUCCCAGGCAGGUGGCAGAGAGGGGCAGCUGCUGAAGCUAUCACUGCUCCCCUGGAUGCAGCGGAAGAUGGAGGAUGCAGAAGCCCGGGAACCUCUGGGGAACCCGGAUAACAAGGCAGCCAUGUGGGAGCGUGUGGGCUGCCUGGCCAGAAAGCUGUUCUCCUGGAAAGUGUUGAAGAUCCUGGUUCUGGGCCAGAUGCUCUCUCUCUUUAUAUGUGGGACAGCGGUGACCAGUCAGUACUUGGCAGAGAUCUAUAAAGUGGACACUCCAAUGCUACAGAGCUUCAUCAACUACUGCCUGCUCUUCCUGGUCUACACUGUCUGGCUGGCGUUUCGGAAGGGAGAGAAUGGCCUUUUGUACAUAGUAAGAAACAAAUGGUGGAAGUAUAUAUUGCUGGCCAUCGUGGAUGUUGAAGCCAACUAUUCCAUAGUUAAAGCUUACCAGUUUACUUCCAUUACCAGCGUGCAGUUGCUGGACUGUGUUGGGAUUCCUGUACUGAUGGCUCUUUCUUGGUUCAUUCUUCGCUCGAGAUACAGAUUGAUCCAUUAUCUUGCUGUUGUGGUCUGUCUGUUGGGCGUUGGGACUAUGGUUGGUGCAGAUGUGUUGGCUGGAAGAGAACAAGGAAAAGCCAGUGACAUGCUAAUUGGGGAUGUCUUGGUUAUUUUGGGUGCCGCUUUGUAUGCGGUUUCCAAUGUGUGUGAGGAGUAUGUUGUGAAGAACCUGACCAGAGAGGAGUUCCUUGGGAUGCUGGGCCUCUUUGGAACCUUUGUUAGUGGGAUCCAACUCAUGAUCGUGGAGUACAAUGCCAUUGGCAAUAUACAGUGGGACUGGAAAGUGGGCCUGCUCUUUGCUGCAUUCGCCCUCUGCAUGUUCAGUCUCUAUAGUGUGAUGCCAGUGGUCAUAAGGAUUUCAAGCGCUACCUCUGUAAACCUGGGCAUCUUGACCGCUGAUAUGUACAGCCUCCUGUUUGGCCUCUUUUUGUUUGGGUACAGUUUCUCUAUACUGUACAUCCUGGCAUUUGUC